AGUCUAUCUCCGGCCCAACCGGGGGUCAUUUUGUCUGGGGUCUCAGCUCUCGCUGAGGGCUUCUGAGGACCGGCGGCGCUCUAGGAUAUGAAAUAUGGAAAGUCCAGACAGAAAAAGACGGAAGGUUUUAAAGGCCAAGAAAACAAUGCCUACAAGUUGCCGGAAGCAGAUGGAGAUCCUGAACCAGUCAAAGAAUGUUGAAGCUCCAAAAACAACAGUUGUGACUAAUAUUCCAAAUGGCCAUAAUCAGAAGAUGUUUUCAGAAAACAAAGAAAAUGUUAAGGUCAUGAAAACUUCAGAGCAAAUUAAUGAAAAUGCUUGUGAGGCUCUGGAAAGGCAUACAGCACUGCUAGAACAGGUUAAACAUUGGAUUCGACAGGAAAUCUGCACGAUAAACUGUAAUUUAUUUGAUAAAAAACUGAAUGAAUUGAAUGAACGCAUUGGGAAGACCCAGUGCAGAAGUAAGCAUGAAGCAAUAGCUGGUGAACUCUUUAUAAAAAUAAGAAGACUUCAAAAACGUAUCAAAACCGUAUUAUCAUCUCAAGGAAAUUGUUUGGAACCAAACACAUUACCCAGUAACACAGUUUGUAAGGUUACAGAUUCUGCGAAUUUGAGUGUGACCCAAAAGUCAGUUAAAAGUCAAAGUAAAAGAAUGUCUUCUGUGCACCAUACGCCUUUUAACUCUUCAGAAAAAGCAAGUAGAAAGAUUAAUUUGCCAUCAGCUUGUGUUGAGUUUGUUUCUGAAAGUAACGAUGAUGUUAUGUUGAUUUCUGUGGAAAAUCCUAAUUUGACAACUCCAAUUACAUCAGAUCCAACAGAAAUUAGAAAAAAUAAAUCAAGAAAUGUCAGCAAUUCUCCUAAUGUCAGGAGUGAAGUUGCGCCUGUAGAGAAGAAAUUUGACUUUGUUAUUGACCUGACAAGAGAAGGCCUGUCCAGCUACAGCAUAGGCCCUCCCUCAUCAAGAUUACACCAUCUCCGAAUAGCACCAUCAGCUGAGGACCAAGCCUUCAACACAGGGGCCUUUGGAGACCAUUCCAAUUCCAGAGUGCAACAGAUAGGGACCAAGCCCUCCACCAGGAGAAAGAAGAUUCCUGUGAAAGAAAAAGAAAAUCUUCAGCAAGAGAACACCACUAGAAGAGGAGACGGAGGAGGCUACGGCAGGGUACAGAAGUCAGAGCUUACAGGAACCCGACCUCCAGGAAUGAGUUCCUCCAGCAGUGACAACAGGAAAGGUUUCAACACCUCCUUUCUGAAUCAGAACUGGACCUUACCUUGACCAAGGCUGCUUAACUACGUAUGUCCAUGUCAAAGCCUUUAAAAGAAGAGCACUUAGUGAUUAAACCUGCUCCAGUGACUAUAGGACAGUGAAUGUCCUGUACAGCUAUGACUGGAACUGGGUAGAGUUAAUACUAUACAGAAGCUGGAGAGUUAGCGGCAUUCACAUUGGGUGUGUGCAAAGCAGUCAGUGGGCGCUCUUUCCGUGAUCACUGUUUGAGACAGUGCCUGGUGUGCUCAGGUUAGCCUUAACCCACUGUGGACUCAAGAUAACCAGCACACGUUUUGAUGUUUCUGGGGUCCGUGUAACCAUUCUGAUGGACCCCACCACCAUCAGCCAGCCUGAUAGCUCAGCUCGCUCUCCCCUGGCUGCUAUCUGUCUGUUGGCAUUGACUCAUUGCGUGUCUCGUGUGUAGCUUAGGAACACUUGACCAAGAACCAAAUCUGGAUAUCUUGUGCUGUUCCUUGCGCUUGGAGAUUUGAACAUUAACAUGUCCUUGACAAAUUAUGUCUUCCUUUAACCUGAAACAAGAAUGUAAAUGGGUGGCUGGGAAGAAAAUGAGGACAACUGGGAGAGCUAGCAUAAAGCUGUCAAUCAACCAUUUUCUUCAAGUGCCAAAUGCAGUGGAAAGAACUGUUUAUCUGCAAGACUAGCCAUGGCAGUCUUAAGUCUUCGUCAUCUGAAGUU